AGCGUGUGUCUCAGCUUCUACUGUUUCGUUCCACUCGGCUUCACACAUUUUCGCUGUGGAAAUCGCAGAGGUUCAACGUGGUUUCUUUGCUUUAAACUUUUUUUUUAAUCAAGGGUUUUCUGAUCCCGCUCCGUUAGGCAUGGCGGGCUCUCGCGCGGCGCACAACGCCAAGCUCGUGCAGCGGCACCAGCGGCAGCAGUCCAACGCCCUCGCCAAGUCCGCCACGAACAAAUUCACCCAAAAGCAGAGCCACUUCGAGCGUCGACGAGAGGAAGAACAGGUGCGGCAGCAGGGCGAUGUCGGCGGCAACGGCGCCGCCAACGCGAGCCGCAGCGUGGGAGAUGGACUGCUGUCCCGCGGGGCUGUAGGCGGUGGUGGUGGUGGCGUGCGCAGCGGUAGCCGAUACACGCCCGCAGAGGAGGAGGUGCGGGAGACGCCGAACCCGUUUGCGCGGUCCCGCGCCUCGCACGGCGGCAACGCGGCUUCGCCGUUCGCCUCAACGCGGAGUGCCACGAUGGGGAUGGAUAAGUCUCUCAAGUCCACUCGAACUACACGGCGCAUCGACCGUUUUAAUCUCUCUGGUGGUGGCGGUGGCGCUGCUGCGUCUGCUGCCCCCUCCUCUUUGAUGGGCGUCCGCCGUGUGCGGGAGGGCGAGGCGACGGGGCUGGACGGCCUCGACGAGAACAGCGCCGCACCGCCGUCGAAGAUGACGCGUGCAGAGAAGUUUCGUGAAAUGAUCUCCAACAGCAAAGGGCAGCGCGCCCAGCUGCAGCGGGAGCGGGCGGAGCGUGACGCGGCAACGCUGCAGCUCGAUGCGGAGAUCAACGACCUGCUGCACCUCUUACCGCGGCGCAACAAGACGGAGGAGGAGCAGGAGGCGUUUGCGCAGUCCGGCACGGCGGAGGUGCGGGCGCUGCUGGCGUCGUACCGCCGCGGACACGAGGCGAAGUGCCUCACCUUGAAGUCCUCCGGCGCCUUCGACGUGCGCCCCCUCGCGGACGCCGCCCGGGCCCCCGACAGACGCGCUGGCGGUGCGGCACAAGCGUCGGCGGCGGCGGCGGCUCUCGCAGACCCGACGGCACCGGCGCCUCCCACGCACGCCGUCCUCGACGCGGCGGAUCGCGCGUUGCUCGCGCAGAUACGCAACGGGGCUGCUCGAUCGAUCGAGGAGCGAGAAGAAGCGGAGGUGACGAGCACGACGGCAGCGGCCGCUCGCUUCCUCACACCGGGCUUCUCCCCUCAAACCGCGACAGACACCGCGACCCGGGCUGCACCGCCGAAGAGCGCCGUUACCGACGACUUCGAUGCGGUGAUGCAGUCCUUCCAGGCGGACACCCGCCGUGCCCACGCCGUCGCUCGCACCUUAACGGAGGAGGAGGAAGCGGCCCGCGACGCCCAGCAGGCCCUCCUGCGCGAGGACCGCCAGCAGGUGCCGUCGUUGCAUCUGCAGGAGCGCGAUCAGACGCAGCUCACACGCGGGGAGUGGGUGGAGCAGGGCGGCGACGUGGCCUUCCAGAUGGACGACGGCGAGGCGCACGCGAGCGGGGAGGACAACGUGGAUAUUCCGUCGUCGUUUGAGGGCGACAGCGAGGCCGACGACCUCGACGGCGAGGACGCUGAAAGCGAAGGCGCGUUGGAGGGUGCGGAGGCCGCUGAGGAGACCGCGGCUGCCGUGUCUGCUGAUCGUGUGAGCGGGUCACAGAGGCUGGACCACCUGCUGGAGGAGCUGGAGAAGCUGGCCACUGCUGCGCCCGCCACAGCCACCAGCUCCGCUGGGGAAGGCACAAGCGGUUCGAAGCAGCAGCAGCAGCAGCAUCUGCACUCGUUGCUCGUACAGCUGCACCACUACGCGUCGAGUCACGUUGUCGACGCGACGAAGGCGUUCCGGCUGAUUCUUGUCGAGGCGGAGCGCAGCUUUCUGCGAGGCACGCGCCGCGGCGGCAUCCGCCGUGCGUUGCUUGUGUACCUGUACGCCAUAACGAAGAUCUUCCCAACCUCCGAUUACCGCCACGAGGUGAUGACGCCGUUUCUCCUCUUCCUCUGUUCGGCGCUGAUGCAGAUGAAGCUGGACUCGCUGGAGGCCGUGCACGGCUACCUGGUGCUCACCACGCUCCUCCUGCACUGUCUGAAGGCGGGCGGAGGGCGGUACUGCGCGGAGGUCGUGGUGGCGGUGCUGAACGUGUUGUCGCUGCAGCUGCCCCGUGCGGUGCUGGAGCCGAUGCGCUAUCAAGGCUCGCGGCUGCCAAUCCCCCUGAUGGAUCGCCCAGACGCGGCGCUGCUGCGCACCUCUUGCCCUUCUUCUGACAGUUCGGCAGCAGCAGGGGAGGCGGAGGGCGGUCGUGCCGCAUACCAAAUCGGCCUCAUGCACACCACCCACGACCCGCAGCGCCUGCUGCUGUGCGCCUACCACAUUUACGAUGAGCUCUGCGAACUCUACCGCACCACCCCGGCCUUCCCCGUCAUGUGCGCAACGCCCUUCUUACGCCUCGAUGCGCUGCUCCUCCAGCCGCACAGCCUUUCUGCUGCUGGCAGCUCCGAGCCGUGGCAGCCGUCCCGUGCAGUUCGCCUGGCGCACGAGGCGCUCGCGGUGAAGGUGCGUGACAUCGCCGCGGCGGUGCAACACCACCGCACGCCCCUCGCUAUGCGCACCUUCCGUCCCCGUCCGAUCCGGCAGUUCGACCCGCUGCUGGCGGAGCGCGAGGAGAACGCGGUGAAGAACGAGGUGCGCAUCAUGAAGCGCGACAUCCGCGAAGACAAGAAGCGGCUGAUGCGCCACCUGACGGCGGAGGCGACGGUGCAGCGGCGGGCGCAGGAGAAACGAACGGCCGUGGACGAUGCGCAGCGGGAGAAGCGGUACCACAGCGUGAUGCACCAGCUGCAGCAGCAGCAGCACUCGAUGAACACGGUGGAGUCGCUCAAGUCGCGCGCAAAGGCAGCGAAGAAGAAGGGGCUUAGUGGAGAGUCGAACGCCAAGGCGGCCGACAGCGAGGGCGCGGCGUAA